UAGAUGAAUUCAAACAAUAGUACGGUUUCGCAUUUGUCUGAAAACUACGAAACCAAAUAUUAUCCUAAUGAUUAAGAGAAAGAAAAUAAGAAUAUUUAAAUACCUACAUUUAUAUAAUACUAUGAACUUAAUAAUACUACAACUUUGAAUACAAUUACAUAAAAAUUAACUAACACCAUAAGUUAAAUUCAAGAAACUGAAAAUUCAUUAUAUGAAACAUUGUAGAAAACUGAGAUCACAGAAGAACAAAAACAACAGAUUAAAAUAAGAAUAAUAAAAUUAUAAAUGUUACAAGUCAUAGCAUAGUUUAAAACAGAAACUAAAUCAAAUUUAUCUGCAUUAUAAAGAGAAUUAAGAGAAAUUUAAAACUAUAUUCUUAAUGAAUUGCUUCAAUUUUGA